AUGUUAGAACUUCAGUACGAACUGGAGUCAAAGGCAGCCAAGUGCCAGAUUGUAAGCCCUCUCUACCAAGUGACCCGGAAGAAGAAUGAUUUCAAAUGGGGCCCUGAACAACGACAAGCCUUUGAACAAAUUAAACGGGAGAUAGUGCAUGCAGUAGCCCUUGGGCCGGUCCGGGCAGGGCAAGAUGUAAAGAAUGUGCUCUACACCGCAGCCGGAGAGAACGGCCCUACCUGGAGCCUCUGGCAGAAAGCACCUGGAGAGACUCGAGGCCGACCACUAGGCUUUUGGAGUCGAGGAUACAGAGGAUCUGAAGCCAACUAUACUCCAACUGAGAAAGAGAUAUUAGCAGCAUAUGAAGGGGCUGGCACUGGUUGGGGUCACAGAACUGCAGCUGGCUCCCUGCUAAACCUCAACAACGAGGUUGUGAAGAUGAGAAAAGAUGUGAAGAAGGCCAGAGUCCUGACUAUUCGCAGACUAACCAGACACAUCGGGAAAUUAAAGUUGAAAAAGGGUUCCGAAGACUUGAAAUUAAAGAACCAAAAACGAGUUGAGAGAUUAAUAGAAGAAAUCCAUGCCAUGAAGGAAAUAAAACCAGAUGAAGUUACUAGACUUGCUCUUAGGACAGAAGUUAAUUUUGAAAGUGUCUGCAGAAAGCCAAAUUGUACUGCAACUGAGCGAGCCAUUGCAAGACUUGCAACACACCCCAUCUUGAAACCCAGAUUUGUUGAACUUAAAGCUGCUGUAAAAGCUUUUAAGGAUGCAAGGAAGAACCCAGCCAAAGCCACUCCUUCAAAUAAGGCUAAUUCAGAAGAACAGCCUAAAUCAGCACAACAUUUCAGUAGCAAUUUGGAUGACCAAGCUCCUAAACAAGCUCAAAAACAUCAAGGAUGUGAACGGAAAACAAAAAUGAGUAUGAAAAUAGAAACUGACAGGGUGGCUGAAGAACUGUGUGAUAGUGAAUCUGAGAAGAAAACUGUGGAAAUGGAGAGAGCGUAUGCUCCAGAAAAAUCUUCAUUUCAGGCAGUAGAAAUGCAAGCAGUCACUCAGAAUAAAACAGGAAAGAAACUUGGCUAUCAAAAAAGGAAAGAAAAUAAAAGCAUGAACAAAUUAAAUGCAACAAAAGAAAUAAUUAAUGAUGAUGGUGACCAGGAACAUUCUAGUGAAGGGGAAUACUUUGAUGAUAGUACUGAAGAGAGGUUUUAUAACCAGUCAUCAGAUUCUGACAAUGACAGUGAUGAUGAUUUCUUCAUCGGCAAAGUAAAAAGAAAGAAAAAGGUAGCAGCAGUUACUGAUCUUUCUUCAGCAAAAGAAAAGGAUAGACUUCAGAAAAAUGUAGUGAAGAAAGAAAAGAACACAGCGCCUGGGACAGCGCAAGAUUUGAUCAUGGAAGAAGGAAAGCCACAUGCAAAAGCAAGCAAGCUAGAAUCAAUGUUCUGCAGUUCUUUGUCUACCUCUAAUCAGAAAUCUCAAAACAGGAGAAGAAAUACUAAAGAUCAGCCUCUCAAAAAUGGAAGAACAGCUCUUCUUAAAAAGGAACCACAGCUCAAGAAGCAACCAUUUGCAAAAGCUGCAGGUGUUAAAUGUGACAACAAGAAACCACGUUGGGAGCAGCCACUUCAUCCAUCAUGGGAAGCAAGCAAGAGACGCCGGGAACAAAUGUCUCAAAUUACAGCAUUCCAAGGGAAAAAGAUUAAAUUUGAAGACUAGAUUAUAUGUAAAUUGAGAUUUUAAAAAAAGAUUCUUGCAGAUUUGGGCCCUGUGAUAUUUUCUUAUGAAGUAAUAACUGCUGUUUGAACUUUGUUGUUAUAUUGUCCUUACCCUUUGCAACCCAGAAAAUAGCAAGUGCUAGAAUUUACCAUCUGUUAAUAAUGAAGAUUGCUUCAUUUAUUCAGCGUGCUGCCUGUUGAUUAAUGUGUGGUCAUAUGGUGUUGGUUCGUAAGUCCCAUUACAUAGUGCCACCAUUUAUGAAAUACACCCUAACAUGAAUGAAUGGUUUUUAGGAACAUAAUUUGUGCCCUAUAGGAAUAGUACAGAUUCUUUGGAGCUUCUUUUUGUGUAAAAAUGUACUUCACACUAUAUGAGGACUUGGAUGUCAAAAGAGAGGGGAAAAUAAAAAAUAUUGAGGUAAGAAUCCUAGGAAUAUAUUAUCAAAUAAAUAUCAACUGAGGAAAAGUAAGAGAUUCUUAAACUUGAACAGACUUCACAAAUUCAUGAGUGUAUCAGAUAGCUGGAAAAGCUGAUCAGUAGUGUGCAUGAUAUGAAAAUAUCUGGAGAGCAAUAAAAUAUUAGCUUGUUAAAUUGUGAUCUCUGUUCUUUGAUUAUACUGCCAAUUUUAAGAACUGAAAGAGCAUCUUUAAUACUACUGUCCUGGUGGAUAUAUGUGGGUGCUCCAACAUGUCUGUCUUGCACUUUCUGAAAGUACACUAAGAAACAUUUGACUUUUAAGUGCCGUUCUGAGUUUGGGAGAUCAUUUGAUGGGGCUAUGAGGUAAAGUAUUCUUUUUUUUUUUCAGGGCCUUUUCAUACUGCUUUAUUGAAACAAUUUCUGAAGUUCAAUUAAUUUUUAACUGUGUAUUUAAAUAUCAUUAUCUUUCAUAGUCAAUUCAGAAACUUGGUAAAUUACUGCAGCAGGUGUAAGAUAAUACACUGUACAAUUCAUGUAGCAUUUUGUAAUGUCUAAGAAUAGCCCUGCAUCAGACCAAAGGUCCAUCUAGCCUAAUAUCUUCAACAGCAGUCAAAAAGGGAUGCUUUAAGCAUAGGGAUAGAGGAAGUGAUACAUCAUCAAAACUACAACUCACCGAGCUUCCACUUUUAUAGCUCAGGGACAUCUUGUGAGAUUGUAGCUUAUUGUGUUUAAUAAUCUUCAGUGGAACUUUGUCUGCUCUUAAAUCAAACAACUCAUUCUGGGUGUCCUCUCCAAGCAAGUAGAGGAAAAGAGG